AUGUCGCCCGCACCCCUCCAAGUCAAUCCCUCCUCCAAGUUGCCAUCGCCCGGCUUCAAUGCCGGCGCGCGACCCUACCGAUCCCACAAAGUCCGCGCCUGUGAUCUUUGUCGCAAGCGCAAGUCCCGAUGCACGGUUGAUAUCCCCGGACAGUCAUGUCUUCUGUGUCGCGUGCAGGGUGCCGAUUGCCACUACCAAGAAGAAGCUUCUGCGGACACCUCAGUAUUGAGCACCUCGGAGUCGAAGCCGUCGUGGCCGGGAGCUCAGCCGAUCGAGCCCGCAUCGGGUCACAAACGCAAGCGAAGCCCCGACAGCUCGCCUAAUUCGGGCCCUCAUGUUCCGACGCGCCAGUCAACUAAUGGGCCAAGCCCUCAGGAUACCAAUUCGUCAUCUGGACGUCGCGGGAGUGACUCACGACGCAAAGGAUAUGACGAUGAUCGCCACAAUGAAUCGGUCCUCAUCGUCGGUCCAAUGAUAGCAGAAGACGCGCAGGUCAUUGAGAAGCAUAUGCCCCCCGAGCGAACGAGCCUUUCCGAAGAACCCAAGAGACACCCAUACAACAUUUAUUCGAGCGAUCCUAGAAAGCCUGUGCUCUACACUACUAUUUCGCGGCGGCGAAAGGGUAUGCGCAUGGGCGUUCCACCCGGUGAGAAUCAGAAAGAGAUUCUAGAACAAAUUCUUGGUCCAUUUAAACAUGACCUUGUGAGACUAUUUAUCGACCGAUUCAACACCGCAUUCCCUAUUUUCGAUGGCGAAUCCUUUUGGGAAUCUUACAUCACAGAGUCUUUGGAAGAUCCCCCAGCCUCGCUUCUUUGCCAGGUCUACUCUAUGUCCUUAGUAUAUUGGAAGCAUACCCCAAAGCUAGCUUGCCACCCGAAGCCAGACGUACGAUAUGCAGUGAACAUGACCGUUGCGGCCUUGCACGAGGAGUUUUCUGCGCCUGGACUGUCCACAAUUAGUGCCGCACUGAUUGAUUUGACGGGCCGACCAAUCUUCUCUAUGACAGGAAAUGCCAUCAGCUGUGGUCGUAUGCUUUCCCUGGCAAAUUGUCUUGGUUUGAAUCGAGAUCCGUGCUUGUGGAAGCUCUCUGAUCAGGAAAAGAAUCAUCGGAUUCGACUCUGGUGGGGAGUAGUGAUCCACGAUCGCUGGGGCAGUUUCAGUCACGGUGUGCCUCCGCAGAUCUCUAAGACCCAAUACGACGUUCCUCUACCCACCGUCGACAGCUUAGUUCCAUCGAGUAUUCGCACAACAGAGCGAGUGAGAGCGGCACAUUGCCACAUUUCCUUAUGUAAACUGACCGAGAUUUUGGGCGAGCUAUUACCUCUUGUCUAUGGACUACAAGCGAAGCUGGCGCGGGAAACCUCCAAGAAGAUCAGACAAAUCCGGACAGAGUUGGAUCUAUGGGAAGAUUCUCUUCCCGACUGGUUGAGAGCGCCAGAACAUCACAACCGCGGAGAGCAGGUGUCUGCGUCAAGCAGUCUACAGCUAGCAUUUUUGGCAGUCAAAAUGCUCGUGAGCCGUGUUGAGUUGAAUGAGGUCAACAAUGCAGAAACAGAUAACCCCGAAGCUCGUCGUUACUUUCAAACCGAAUGUCGACGAUCAGCAGAAGAGAUCGUACGAUUCAUCACAUCCCUCCGAAAAGAGAAUUUCAAGGAAUUCUGGCUGCCUUAUAGCGCCUUCCACCUAACAUCCACCGCCACUCUCCUCGUCCGAUGUGCUCUUGAAACUAAUGACAGCGAGGUCUCCCGUUCUUGUCUCGCCAACGUCGAGACUCUGCGAAAUGUUCUUCGUCGGGUCCGCGAAGAAGAAGACUGGGACGUAGCCGAUAUGUGCCUCGAUCACUGCGAGCGAAUUAUGCAUCGACUUCCUGGCACUAAUUCCACGAUGGAUCAAACAUUGACCUCCUCCAUGAAUGAUAACGGACUGGUCAACCCAGCUGCUAUCUCACUGCCAGAGACACAGACCAAUAACGAUAUUGUCGAUGAUAUGAUGUCUAUUUCUAAUACUUUCGGCACGAUGGACGGUUUCCCCUUUGAUAUGACUGGUAUCUGGGAUGUCUCUGUUUUCCAGGACGUCAACCUAUGA